AUGGCUCGAUCCUUUCGCCCUUGGAACGACAAGGCUAGAAGGUCGCAAUUAACGAACGCGACAACAAUAUCAGAUAUGUACUCUCCAGUUUCCAGAGUCCCCUUGCAAGCCCUCGCGGUUCCCUUGGCCUCACCACCCUGGACAUACGUUGGAGUAGAGCACGAACCGGAAUGGCUGGGUACCGCAGUCUCGGCCGAUCCGGCUUCCUUCGACUUCUACAUCCAUGUCCCCAGCGGCACAAUCUUGGUCGAACGAGCUUUUGGGGCAGGACUUUCUGAACGACCGGAGUUCUUGAGUCGCUUCUCUGAUGCAAUGUACCUGGCUUGGAUGCUGCAAGCAUCGCGCUAG